AUGUACUCUCCAACUAAGCUCUUCAUCGCCGUCAUGGCCCUCACUACCUUCGCCACGGCCAGCCCCGUCGCCGAGAAGAGCGACACCCAAAGCCUCGAGGCUCGUGGUAGCUGCUUCGGAUACGCCAACUACGCGGCAUGUGCUUCUGCUCGUCGUCGAUCUUGCCCUCAUGGCGCUGGUCAGAACCAGUGCUUUACUGCCGCCUCGCGUGCUUGCCAGCAGAACUGCUAA